AGUCCUCUAGCUGUUCAAACUUUUAAUUUCCUCGGAAUUGUUUUCUGAGUUUGGGUGGCAGCCGAACAGCAGAAUGAAUCCUGGCCAAAUUCUGCAAGACGCCCCCGUCCGAAAAAUUGCCAUCUUCGGCGGCACACACGGCAAUGAACUCUCGGGGGUGUUUCUGGUCAAAUCUUGGCAGGAAAACGGAGCAGAAAUCGAAAGGCUGGGGUUGGAGGUACAGCCUUUCCUGGCUAACCCACGAGCUGUGGAAAAAUGCUGCCGAUAUAUAGACUGUGACCUGAACCGGGUGUUUGAUUCCGAAAAUCUUGGCAAAGAGCUGGCAGACAACAUCCCCUAUGAAGUCCGACGGGCCCAAGAAAUCAACGGCCUCUUUGGUCCGAAGGGCCAGCCUGGCGCUUAUGACCUGAUCUUCGAUCUCCACAACACGACCGCUAGCAUGGGUGGGACCCUCAUCCUGGAAAGCUCCAGCGAUUGCUUUGCCAUUCAGAUGUGCCACUAUAUCCAGCAUGCUGUGUCCCCAGACAGAUGUCCAGUCUUACUUCUCGAACAUCCCAAUUUGAAAUACGCAACGACCCGAUCUGUAGCAAAACAUCCAAUUGUUAUCGGGCAGUCCUCGACUCUCAACCGUUCGCUUAACGACUGUUCGACUGCCCACCAGUAUCCCUCGGAUCGAGAUUGGCAGCCGCUAAAUCCAGGUGAUCCCAUAUUUUUGACUCUGGAAGGAAAGGCCAUCGCGUACGACGGAGAGGCGACGGUAUACCCAACCUUUGUGAACGAGGCCGCCUACUACGAAAAGCAACAAGCCUUCGUAACGACGGCAAAAGAAAAAUUGAGUGCAAAAGGGCUCCAAGUCUCUUUAAACUUCCUCUAAAGUGCCUGCAAAUAUUUCUCCUAGACCAAAAAUUCAAUUUAUUGUUGUAAGCAGUGGUGCAAUUCAACCAGUUGUAACAACCGGUUUGGUGAGCGCACGCUUCGUGUGGGUGCAGCAUUUUAAAAAGCCAAUUUUCAUCUCUAAUACUUACCUUCUACUGCCGCGCGAAUCAGCUAUGCUCUA